AAAGUAUAACGGGGAAGUACCAUUGGCGCGCGGGCCAAAUUGACCGUCACAACAAAACUUUUUGCUCUAUACUACUCUCGCAGGAAAUAUUAGUUUUUUUUUUCCCAGUUAGAAUAAAAUUGAAGAUGAAGUUCCGAGCAAAAAUUAUUGAUGUUGGUUGUCUUAAUCAUUUCACACGUAAGUCCUCUACUGUAAUGUUGCUCUUGUGUAGCUAGCUAGUAUUAAGCAUUGAUUGCUAGCUAAUAACGUCAGCAGCUAGGCUAACUAGGCUUCACAUAAAGAUGAACAAUUAUACCAACUACUUGCUAUCAAGCGUUACGUGUUUCACUUGCAAGAGAAAAUGAAUGGUUGGUGCGGGUGCUGUCUGUUGGUUCUAAAUCAAAGAAGUGGGCUGUUUACUAAACUAGCUCAAAGACACUGAUACAAAGAUUUGUAUAACUAACUUUAAACCUCAUUGUUCUAUCUGUGACUGAUAGAACAUCUUUUCCAAAGAGGAUUGACCAUGACCAACCGUCUCUGACUCGGUUUUGGUUAGAUGGAUACAGCCUUUGUCAGAAUGGACUUUUCGUGACAGGAUACUUACGCAGUAGGUUAGGUAAAUUAACGUAGCAGGUAAGGAUAAUUCUGUUAAGGUUAGGGAAAGGGUUAGCUAAAAUGCAACAACAACAAAAAAUCAUUUGCCCAACGAGACGAGAUUUGGAAGAUGACCUCGCGACAUGACAUGUUUAUCAAUUGAACCCUGUACCGACCAAGAGGUAAACAGGCAAUUUCUAUGCUUAAGGUCCAGACAGGGUAGAGAUAGACAGAACCCCUCAUGAAUUUUCUCUUGCGAGUCGAACAUGCAACACUUGCUAGCAUUUCACUUUCAUUUCUCCCCAUCAGGUGUGGUGAAUACCAUCUCUAAACUAACGAAGACAUGCAUCCUGCGACUAACUCCACACAACCUAUAUUUUGUACUGUCUGGUAAGGUAGCCAGCGGAGGAGUCGGCAUGUGGUGUGAAUUAUCUCAGGUACAUGCCCAUGCAAUACAAUAUGUCUAUUUCUACCAAUGAGUUGUACUUUGAUAGCUCACACAAUUAUGUUUUUAAUACUCUCAAUUGUUACAUGUAGGGCUAUGUAUUAUGCAUUGGACACUGUUGUCCACUCUUUUAAAAGUAAUUUCGCAUGUGAAAGGAGCAGAACAGAAACUCCAUUAUAUGGAAAUAACCUCUUUUAGAAUCUGAAAGUGAAAUAAAUACUUAGUCUCGUCUCUAACAUGUAGGCUCGGCAUUCCCGAACAAUCCCAUUCCAAUCAAAUACAAUUGUAUUUGUCACAUGCACCGAAUACAACAGGUGUAGACCUUACCGUGAAAUGCUUACUUACAAGCCCUUAACCAACAAUGCAGUUUUAAGAAAAAUAAGAGUAAAGAAAAUAUUUACUAAAUAAACUAAAGUUUAAAAAAAUAAGAGUAACAAUUAAAUAACAAUAACGAGGAUAUAUACGGGGGGUACCGGUACAAGUCAAUGUGCGGGGGUACAGGUUAGUCGAGGUAAUAUGUACAUGUCGGUAAGGGUAAAGUGACUAUGCAUAGAUAAUAAACAGCGAGUAGCAGCAAUGUAAAGGGGGGAGGGUCAAUCAAUGCAAAUAGUCCGGAUAGCCAUUUGAUUAGCUGUUCAGCAGUCUAAUGGCUUGGGGGUAGAAGCUGUUAAGAAGCCUUUUUGACCUAGACUUGGCGCUCCGGUACCGCUUGCCGUGAGGUAGCAGAGAGAACAGUCUAUGACCAGGGUGGCUGGAGUCUUUGGCAAUUUUUAGGGCUUUCCUCUGACACCGCCUAGUAUAGAGGUCCUGGAUGGCAGGAAGUUUGACCCUAGUGAUGUACUGGGCUGUACGCACUACCCUCUGUAGCACCUUGCGGUCGGAGGCCGAGGAGUUGCCAUACCAGGCGGUGAUGCAACAAGUCAGGAUGCUCGCGAUGGUGCAGCUGUUUAACUUUUUGAAGAUCUCAAUCUUUUCUGUCUCCUGAGGUGGAAUAGGCCUUGUCGUGCCUUCUUCACGACGGUCUUGGUGUGUUUGGACCAUGAUAGUUUGUUGGUGAUGUGGACACCAAGGAACUUGACGCUCUCAACCUGCUCCACUACAGCCCUGUCGAUGAGAAUGGGAGCGUGCUCGGUCCUCCUUUUCCUGUAGUCCACGAUCAUCUAUUUUGUCUUGAUCACGUUGAGGGAGAGGUUGUUGUCCUGGUACCACACUUCCAUGUCUCUGACCUCCCUAUAGGCUGUCUCAUCAUUAUCGGUGAUCAGUCCUACUACCGUUGUGUCGUCGGCAAACUUAAUGAUGGUGUUGGAGUCGUGCGCGGCCACACAGUCAUGAGUGAACAGGGAGUACAGGAGGGGACUGAGCACGCACCCCUGAGGGGCCCCCAUGUUGAAGAUCAGUGUGGCAGAUGUUGUUGCCUAUCCUUAACACCUGGGUGGCGGCCCGUCAGGAAGUCCAGGAUCCAGUUGCAGAGGGAGUUGUUUAGUCCCAGGGUCCUUAGCUUAGUGAUGAGCUUUGAGGACACUAUGGUGUUGAACGCUGAGCUGUAGUCAAUGAACAGCAUUCUCACGUAGGUGUUACUUUUGUCCAGGUGGGAAAGGGCAGUGUGGAGUGCAAUAGAGAUUGCAUCAUCUGUGGAUCUGUUGGGGUGGUAUGCGAAUUGGAGUGGGUCUAUGGUUUCUGGGAUGAUGGUGUUGAUGUGAGCCAUGACCAGCCUUUCAAAGCACUUCAUGGCUACAGACGUGAGUGCUACGGGUCGGUAGUCAUUUAGGCAGGUUCCCUUGGUAUUCUUGGGCACAGGGACUAUGGUGGUCUGCUUGAAACAUGUAGGUAUUACAGACUUGGUCAGGGACAGGUUGAAAUGUCAGUGAAGACACUUGCCAGUUGGUCAGUGUAUGCUCUGAGUACACGUCCUGUUAAUCCGUCUGGCCCUGCAGCCUUGUGAAUGUUGCCUGUGUAAAGGACUCACUCACAUCAGCUACGGAGAGCGUGAUCACAGUCGGCCGGAACAGCUGGUCAUCUCAUGCAUACUUCAAUGUUGCUUGACUGGGCUUCCCUUUGUAGUCCGUAAUAGUUUGCAAGCCCUGCCACAUCCGACGAGUGUCAGAGCCGGUGUAGUGCGAUUAAAUCUUAGUCCUGUAUUGAAGCUUUGCCUGUUUGAUGGUUCGCCGCAGGGCAUAGCGGGAUUUCUUGUAAGCGUGUGGGUUAGAGUCCCGCUCCUUGAAAGUGGCAGCUCUACCCUUUAGCUCAGUGCGGAUGUUGCCUGUAAUCCAUGGCUUCUGGUUGGGAUAUGUACAUACGGUCACUGUGGGGAUGACGUUAUAGAUGCACUUAUUGAUAAAGCCGAUGACUGAUGUGGUGUACUCCUCAAUGCCAUCGGAAGAAUCCCGGAACAUAUUCCAGUCUGUGCUAGCAAAACAGUCCUGUAGCUUAGCAUCUGCAUCAUCUGACCACUUCCAUAUUGAGCAAGUCACUGGUACGUCCUGCUUUAGUUUUUGCUUGUAAGCAGGAAUCAGGAGGAUAUAAUUAUGGUCAGAUUUGCCAAAUGGAGGGCGAGGGAGAGCUUUGUACGCGUCUCUGUGUGUGGAGUAAAGGUAGUCUAGUUUUUUUCCUCUGGUUGCACAUGUGACAUGCUGGUAAAAGUUAGGUAAAACGGAUUUAAGUUUCCCUGCAUUAAAGUCCCCGGCCACUAGGAGCGCCGCCUCUGGAUGAGCAUUUUCUUGUUUGCUAAUGGCCUUUAUACCGCUCGUUGAGUGCGAUCUUAGUGCCAGCAUCGAUUUGUGGUGGUAAAUACACAGCUACGAAAAAUAUAGAUGAAAACUCUCUUGGUAAAUAGUGUGGUCUACAGCUUAUCAUGAGAUACUCUACCUCAGGCGAGCAAAACCUAGAGACUUCUUUAAUAUUAGAUUUUGCGCACCAGCUGUUAUUGACAAAUAGACACAGACCACCAUCCCUUGUCUUACUGGAGGCAGCUGUUCUGUCUUGCCAAUGCACAGAAAACCCAGCCAACUGUAUAUUAUCCAUGUCGUCGUUCAUCCACGACUCGGUGAAACAUAAGGUGUUACAGUUUUUUAUGUCCCGUUGGUAGGAUAGUCUUGAACGAACUCAUCCAGUUUAUUCUCCAAUCAUUACAAGUCAGAAUGUUGAAAUGGUGAAAACUUAAUUUCAACUUACUUUACCUGUUGUCCACCGAUUUUGUCCCUAUGCUGGAGGUAAUGUGAGACAAAAUAUCCACAGGGAAGCGUUAUCAACCUGCUGGUCUGUAUAUUGUUUUUUUGCACGUGGCAAACACUUGCACAAUAACACUUGCACAAUAGAGACUCUUGUGUUCACUAGUGUCUGCUCUAUACUUAUCCAACAAGCCAUUCUCCAUUUGUAUUGUAUUUGUCCAGGCCAACUUCUUUGAUGAGUAUCAGCUGGAAGGUGUGGCGCCCGACACUAAUGAGAUCUGCCUAGAGGUGACCCCUGAGAACCUGUCCAGGGCUCUGAGAACCUCUCAGAAUGCCAAGUGUGUGAAGAUCAAGCUAACCAAGAAGCACUGUCCUUGUCUCACUCUCGCUGCAGACCUGGUAAGAGUUACAGCAAUUACAUCCAAUUUGUCUGCUUCAAAACUAUCAACACUCACUGGGCUGUGUUGAUUUUGAUGUGUAAUUCUGUUGACUAUAUUGUCCAUGUUUGUAAGUGACUACUUUGACAUGUCAGUCAGUAUAUAACACUUUUCUAACAAACAGGCUUACAUUUAACACAAAAUAAAUGAAACUAUGUCUUAACCCCCUUAAAAGCAAGAAAACUUCUCCAGGUAGGAAAUAACCUUGAGGGGAACCAAACUUCAUAGAGGCAGCUCAUCCUCCUCUGGCUGGCUGUCUAGAAGUUUGAAUACGUCAGCAAGGCCUAACACCAGCGAAGAAGUUAAGUCAUUUUAUCUUUCCCCGCCCUCUUAUUCUUCCCUGUUAGCCGACACUUUCCAGCAUCAGUCGAGUUGUCACCCAUGACAUCCCGGUGGACGUGAUACCCAGAAGGCUUUGGCAUGACUUCAAAGAGCCCAGCAUGCCAGACUUUGACGUGAGUACCAGAGCCACUGGAUCCCGGUCUCGUUCUGCCGUAGCCAACUCUAAAGCAGAACCAGACUGGCAUCCAGGCAAGUCCUCUGAAGUAAUGCCAAUUUAACACAUCAGGUGGACUGUUAUUUAAUUUGUUGUAAUGAUACCUAUAUCAAAUGCUUUGCAGGUGAGCAUAUAUUUGCCUCCACUGAAGACUAUGAAAAAUGUUGUGGAUCGAAUGAAGAAUCUUUCUAACUUUCUGGUAAGAGACCGUUUACCAUGAGCUCAGAUAAUUUUACACAUGCCCCCAACAUGCUUUGAUAUAUUUGUUAAAAUAUCUUCAGUGUAGGUUUAAUAAAAAAUAAAAAAUAAAGUAUAACAUUGUUUGGAAGUCACAGGUAUGUCACAAUCUCCUUUAAAGUAACAUAAAAUAGAGCUAUUAAAGUAACAUAAAAUAAAGCUAUUUGUAGAUUGGAAUAUUAGCUUUCAAUACAAAGUUCCGUUGCCCUCUACGUCCUAGGUGAUGGAGGCCAACCUGAAUGGAGAGAUGAACCUGAAGAUUGAAACCGACUUGGUGUCUGUCACCACCCACUUCAAAGACCUGGGAAAUCCUCCUUGGGGUAGGUGCAUCCCCGUCAUUUGGGUCGUUUGCAUUAAGGCACACCGUAGCUAAAUCAUUUUGAAAAAGCUCAUGUUAGCCAUGGCAUCAAACUGGAGCCUGUCUUAGGGCUUUUACUCAUUUCAGUCUUGUCUCUCUUGGCCCCCUUCAGGUGACGAUGGUUCCCAAGGGCGCAGUCAGAGCAGGGACCCUGAGGUCAUGGCCCACACCCGCGUGGACAUCCGCAAGCUGCAGCAGUUCCUCAUGGGCCAGCAGGUCAACCCUAGCAAGGCCAUGUGCAGUGAGUCAACUCUCAUAGACUUUCUACUAAUAUUAACCAUGUUGACCAAUUAAUCAGCACCUCUAAUUUUCAAUGUCACCAACCCUGGUCCCAGAGACCCACAAGGUGAUGCAGGCUUUUGUUCCAACCCAGCCCUAAAGUAACUGAUUUGCCGCACAAGGCCUGCACACCAUGUAUCUCUUUAGGACCAGGGUCAGUGGAGACUGGAUUAUACCAUCUGAUGACCGACAGAGAGCCUUGUCUGUACCAGUGAGUUACGGUUACAUCAUCUUCUGUGAUGCUUAAUCAGAUGCAUCACUAUAUUAUGAGUUGUGAUGUGGACAUUCAUUUAAUUGUGUGAGAGAGAGAAACUAAUUGUGAGACUUGUGUCAUAAGAAAGAUCCACUGUAAACUCCAUGAUUGCAGAUCACUGAUGAGCGUUCUAUUAUCCCCACCAGAUAUUGUCCACAAGAGGAUCAUUCAUUUGAUUCUGCUGCACGAAGACGUGUCUCUGCAGUACUUCAUCCCAGCGGUGGCCUAACAAGACAAACGUUGUCUAUCACAAAAGUCAGCUGAGAAGGUGGAGUUUGUUUUCUUUAGGAUCAAAGGUUGACCAUCCCUCCUACUGGAGAGCUACUGUGUAGGCAUGCUUUUGCUCCAACCCCAUCGUAACACACCUCAUUCAGCUAAUCAAGGUUCUAAUGAGCAGUAGAAUCAGGUGGUGUGCUAGUUAAGGGUUGGAGAGAAAGCUUGCAGGAGCGUAGCUGUCCAGGAGGAGGAAUGGGCGAUCCUAGACUACACAUUCAUUUGAGAAGUGCUGGUUGAUUUUAAGAUGACAUGAAAAGGUGUGAAAAGCUUGUAAAUCAACACUGCUGUCAUGCACUUCCAAAAUAAUAACUUUGUGAUUACAUAUUCUAAGUGGAAGCUCAUGAAUUUCAUCUUUAAAAUGUAAAUGGUGUACUCUUAGACCUGGAACAAAGUUUGUAUAUUAUAGUUUAGUAUUUUAUUUAAUAUGCUUACAAACCUCAAGGCCUUAAAUGUAUUGUCUAUGUAUGUUGCUACAGUAUUGUUUUACUGUACAUAGUUUAAUAAUUCCACUCAAGAUGUGGCUGCCUUUAUGGAUUAUAUGUACUAUAUGUAUUGUUGAUAAAACAUUUUUUUAUUGUAGAUCACUUGUUAUUUGUAGUGAAGAAAUGUGUUCAGGUCAUUGUAUAUAGGAAUAUAGAGGCAGAUUGAAGGAUAAGGACACUUUGGAAAUCUUAAAUGACCCCUUGCAAAAGAUACGCUACCAGUCUGUACAAUGCAUGUUAUCUUGUAAUAGUAUAGGCAUAGUUUGUCAGUUGAUAGGUUGUGUUCGAUAGUGCAACAAAUUAAAUCUCCACAGAUAUUAUUAUGCAAAGGAAAUAAUU